AAAAUGCAGUCUGGUGAAAAGACGGAAUUGCCCUCCCCAUUAUUCUACCAAGAAACAAGGAACACCCAUAUGUAUCAAGAAAAAGAUAUCCACUGCCAACUCCUCUGUCUGAAUUUCCACACAUACACUCUCAAUCAAGAUUCACAAUUUCUCUUCCUUAAGUUUAAUUUUCUUCAACCCCCCUCAAUGCUUGGAUAUACACACACUUCUUCCUUCUCAGCUUCAACCCACUCCCCAUGGCGGCCAUCAAUUAUUACAACCAGAUGAAAAUCGCGGCGGCGCUUUUUCUGCUCACCAUCUCCGUCGUUCAAAGCGUGACAGACCCAAACGAUUUAGCCGUACUGAACCAGUUCAAGAAGAACCUCGAAAAUGCCGAGCUUCUGAAAUGGCCCGACAAUGGCGGCGCCGGCGACCCAUGCGGCCCGCCGAGCUGGCCCCACGUAUACUGCUCCGGCGACAGAGUUACGCAGAUUCAGGUCAGAGGGUUGGGUCUGAAGGGGCCGUUACCCCACAAUUUCAACCAAUUGUCCAUGCUGCAAAAUCUAGGCCUCCAGCGAAACCAAUUUAACGGCGAGUUGCCGUCUUUUAACGGACUAUCCAAAUUGAGAUACGCCUAUCUGGAUUACAACAAUUUCGACACAAUCCCUUCAGAUUUCUUCAGAGGGCUCGUCAAUUUGGAGGUUUUAGCACUAGACAACAACCCUCUAAACGCCACAAACGGCGGCUGGGUUUUACCUUCCGAUUUGCAGGAUUCAGCUCAGCUUAAAAACCUCACGCUAAUGAACUGCAAUUUAGCCGGCGCUUUACCCCCAUUCUUGGGAACCAUGUCUUCUUUAGAAGUUCUGAAAUUGUCGUUAAAUCGUCUCUCAGGCAUUAUACCGAACACCUUCAGUGGCUCUCUGUUGGUAGUCCUCUGGUUGAACGAGCAGUCCGAGGGCUUGACCGGUCAAAUCGACAUAGUCACAACCAUGAAAUCGCUCGUUAGUCUAUGGCUGCACGGUAACCGUUUCUCCGGCAAAAUCCCGUUUAGUAUCGGCGAUUUGAUCUCCUUGCGCGAUCUCAAUUUGAACGGCAAUGGUUUUGUCGGUUUGGUGCCUGCCGGCCUGGCGGACAUGCCGUUGGAUCGAUUGGAUUUGAACAACAACCACUUGAUGGGGCCCGUUCCGAAGUUUAGAACGGUUAACGCUACGUACGGGUCGAACCCGUUUUGUCUUCCGGAUCCUGGAGCUCCGUGCAGCCCGGAUGUGAUGUCGCUGUUGGAGUUUCUUGAUGGAGUGAGUUAUCCGGACAAGCUUGUCCGAUCUUGGGUUGGUAAUAACCCGUGUCGAGUUUCUUGGUUAGGUGUCGGGUGUGAUUCGAAUGGAAAGAUUAUUACUUUGAAUUUGCCAAAUUCGAAUCUUUCGGGUAAUUUGAGCCCUUCGAUUUCGGAUCUUGAUUCGCUUACGUAUAUAUAUCUGCAGUCGAACAAUUUAUCGGGCGAAAUUCCGACGAAUUGGACGAGUUUGAAGUUUUUGGCAUUGUUGAAUUUGAGCAAGAACAAUCUUUCGCCUCCGAUUCCGAGGUUUAGUAGCAACGUAAAACUUAUCUUAGAUGGGAACUCUCUUUUCAAUCCUGAUAAAUCCCCAUCUCGAGAAAACAACACAUCCCCACCGACCGACGGUUCUAAUAAUUACAACCCCGCCACUCUCACGCACGAACCUUUUAAAGAAAAGCGUUCGAGUAAGUUAUUCGUGAUUGUGGCCUUUGCCGGGAGUUUCGCAGUUCUUGUUUUCUUGAUUAUUGCGCCGAUUUCGAUUUGUUUCUGCAAGAAGAGGAAAAAUAACCGAAACCCUUCUCAAAGCUCACUCGUGGUUCAUCCAAGAGACUCAUCUGACAACUCGAUCAAGAUCGUGAUUGCGGAUAACAACAACAGAAACAACAACAACAACAACGCAAGUACGACCUCAUUGACCAAUAGCUGCUCGACAAGCGCCAACAGCACCGAAUCCCACGUGAUCGAGUCCGGCAAUCUCGUAAUAUCGGUACAAGUCCUUCGAAACGUGACGAAAAACUUCGCCCCGGAAAACGAGCUCGGCCGAGGGGGUUUCGGCGUAGUGUAUAAAGGGGAACUCGAAGACGGGACCAAAAUAGCGGUCAAAAGAAUGGAAAACGGGGUGAUUACUAACAAAGCGAUCGACGAAUUUCAAUCGGAAAUUGCAGUUCUCUCGAAAGUUCGGCACAGGCAUUUGGUGUCGCUUUUGGGGUAUUCGGUCGGAGGGAACGAGAGGAUUCUUGUUUACGAGUAUAUGUCGCAAGGCGCUCUUAGUCGGCAUCUAUUUAAUUGGGAGAAAUUAAAAUUGGAGCCACUUUCUUGGAAGAGGAGGCUGAAUAUAGCUUUGGAUGUUGCUAGAGGAUUGGAGUACCUUCAUAACCUAGCUCAUCAGAGUUUUAUACAUAGGGAUCUUAAAUCGUCGAAUAUUUUGCUCGGUGAUGAUUUUCGAGCCAAGGUUUCGGAUUUCGGUCUCGUGAAGCUUGCUCCGGAUGGUGAGAAGUCGGUUGUCACGCGGCUAGCGGGCACUUUCGGAUACCUUGCGCCGGAAUAUGCGGUUAUGGGUAAAAUCACGACAAAAGCCGACGUGUUCAGCUUCGGCGUCGUAUUGAUGGAGCUAUUAACCGGAAUGAUGGCCCUCGACGAGGACCGUCCCGAGGAGAGCCAAUACCUAGUCGCAUGGUUCUGGCGCAUCAAAUCGAACAAAGAGAAGCUAAUGGCUGCAAUCGACCCUUCUCUUGACACGGAAGACGAAACCCUAGAGAGCGUCUCGAUUAUUUCCGAACUAGCAGGCCACUGCACGGCGAGGGAGCCCGGUCAACGGCCCGAUAUGGGCCACGCAGUGAACGUUCUGGCGUCGCUCGUCGAGAAAUGGAAACCUCUGAAGCACGAAGCGGAGGAGUACUGCGGGAUCGAUUACAGCCUGCCGCUUAAUCAGAUGGUCAAGGAUUGGCAGGAAUCCGAGGGGAAGGACGCGAGCUUUAUGGAUUUGGAGGAUAGUAAGGGCAGUAUUCCGGCGAGGCCUGCCGGAUUUGGGGAGUCGUUCACUUCAGUCGACGGCAGGUAGAUUUAGGUUAUUUAUGAUUUGUAGAUAUAGAUGUAGAUAACUUGUUUGUGUUUGUGUGUGUGAUUUUUUUUCUUUUUCUUUUUAUUGUGCAAUAUUAAUUUUGUGGGAUGUAGAUAUAGAUUAGUAAGCAGUUAGCUUCUUGCAACUGCCAUUCUUGUUACAGUUUUGGAUGAUAUUAUGUUGAUUUGUGGAUUUUUUUUUACAUUUAAUUUCCACCUAUACUUAUGGUGGAAACUGGAACCAAAAUUCCGAAUCCCGCCGAAUUCGGUCCGGGAUUUUGUCGAUUUUGGAUUUGAUAAAUGUUUUUCAUUCUGAAUUUUGAAAGUUUCGAUUCUAUUUUUUU